GAAGAAGAUGUGGAUAUCGACUUUCAAAAAGAUGAGCAUCCAGCAACCAGCCUUGAAGGAGAACCUAAAGAAGUGAAGACGGUAAAAGCGCCUGAAUCCAAAAACAAAUCUGAUCUUAAGCGGUAUAUGAAGGUUGAGGAUGGUUCUAUGGAAGUAGCCCACGAGACUGAUGAAGCGAUGAAGACUGCAGAGGAAAACGAGAGAAAUUUACAAAGUCAGAGCCAAGAAAUUGUGGAGAAAUCGUCCUCUGCAGAUGUAGUCUCCUAUGAAGAAAGAAGAUUGGAGGCUAACCUAGUAAAACCCGAAUCCAGUGGAAGUAAAGACUGUGCUCGACAAGAUCUAGAAGUCGUUCAAAUAAGCUACCAUGAAUGCACCCUUAAUGCAGAAUUUUCUAGAAAGACACCUCCUUUAGAAGCUAUCAUAGACACAAAAAGCUCUCAUAAUGUAAGUAAGCGGAAGUAUGCAGUAAAGAACAAGAAGUCUGUAUCAUUUACGGAGCAGGUCGAAUAUUCAGAAACAUCAGUGUUAUCGAGACUUAACGCAGAAGAUAAAAAAUCUUCCGCAAGCACAUCUUUGAGAGACGCAGAGCUAACAGGCACGAGUUUUGAAGAAAGAAAGACGCUAUCAAAGAUGAGGAAACGCGAUGAGUCAGAAGAAAUUUCAUUUUCAAAAGCGGAUAAGCAGGAUGCAUCAACAAAAUAUUCAGAAACGAGUACUUCAUCAAAAAUUUUCAAAAGGAAUGGCGAAGAAAACGUCUUUAAAGCCAUUGAAGAGAAAACCAAGUCUCAAACAGCUUUGGCUUAUAAUUAUGGAAAACAUCAGAUAGUGAAAGCGGAAGAGCAACAAAGUGUAGCAGAAACCAGAAUGCUAACAGAUAUGGAAAAUCAACAGUACUGCGAAUCUAACAGAUUUACAAACUUACGGAACAAAGACGACUCCGCAGUGGUUUUGGGAGAAUUUUGUGACACUUCUAGCGAAUCUACAUAUUUUGAUUUGCCUUUGGUACAACAAACAACGACGUUGGAGAAUAGCAUUUGUGAAGUAGCAUCUUCAAACACAAAUGAGCCUGCAGGAAUGGAUAAGGUUCCAUGCUCCAUGGAAAAUUCAAACAAAGUUUCAAAGAGAACUGCUAAUCAUAGUGCCCUAAAUCGUUCUGAGAAUUCAUCUUCGAUAAACUCGGAGGAACUCGAAGCGCAAAGCAGAACAGAUGAGGGCGAUCCACCUAUGAAAAAGAUACUUGCCGUGAAUGAGGAAAGUGCAAAAGGAGGCAAGGUCAAAACAGAAAAGAGCCCUUGUGCCACGUCGGAAGCAACACUUGCACACAUCAGAGAUAUUCAUGUGGAGGGCGAUCGAGUUCCCGCCAAAACCGCCAGCCCUGCGGCAAGCGACUUCAAUGUUAAGCACGAGAGGGUCACGCACACUGAACAGCCGGAAAAAGUCGAGGAAGCCGUUGCAAAAGACGCUGGUCCUGCAGCAAGCAAGCCUGAUGCUAAAUCAGAGAAGCGCACGCCUAGCGAUCAGCCGAAGGAAAUCAAAUCCACGGAAAACAAACCGAAGGCUGAACUCGAAGGGCCUAUGGGUGGUGAGCCAAAGGAACUAAGAGAAAUCGCUGCAAAAGAAGUCGGUCCUGCGACAGGCAAGCCCAUCACUAAGUCAGAGAAAUCUACUCACACUAAGCCGAGAAAAAACAAGGAUUCUGCAGAAAGCAAACAUAGAGCUGAAUCCGCGAAGCCAACACCUAAUGAACAGAAGGAAGUCAACGAUCCUGCAGAAAUCAAGGGUAGAGCCGAACACAAGAAGCCAACGCCAAAUGACCAGCUGAAGGAAUUAAAGGCAGCAGAAAGCAAACGUACUGCUGAACCCGAGAAAUCAACGCCUGGUGACCAGCCGAAGGAAGUCAAGGCUGCAGAAAGAAAGCGUACUGCUGAACCUGAGAAGCCAAUGCUUGGUGAACCGAAAGAGACUAAGGACUUAGCAGAAAGCAAGCAUACUGCUGAAUCCGAGAAGCCAACGCCUGAAAUUAAGCGUACUGCUGAACCCGAGAAGGCAACGCCUGGUAAACCGAAGGAAGUCAAGGAAUUUACAGAAAACAAAGAUAUUGCUGAACCUGAGAAGCCAACGCCUGUUGAACCGGAGAAAGUCAAGGAAGCUGCAGAGUUCAAGCGCACUGCUGAACCCGAGAAGCCAGCGCCUGGUGAACAGCUGAAGCAAACCAAGGCUGCAGAAAGAAGUCGUACUGCUGAUCCCGAGAAGCCAAUGCUUAGUGAACCCAAGGAAAUCAAGGACUCAGCAGAAAGUAAGCAUACUGCUGAAUCCGAGAAGCCAACGUCUGGUGAGCCGAAGGAAGUCAAGGAAUCUGCAGAGAUCGAGCGCACAGCUGAACCCGAGAAGGCAACGUCUGAUGACCAGCCGAAGGAGACUAAGGAUUCUGCAGAAAACAAACAUACAGCUGAAUCCGCGAAGCCAACACCUGAUGAACAGAAGGAAGUCAAAGAUUCUGCAGAUAUCAAGCGUACUGCUGAACCGGAGAAGCCAACGCUUGGUGAUCCGAAAGAAAUUAAGAACUUAGCAGAAAGCAAGCCUGCUGUUGAACCCGAGAAGCCAAUGCUUGGAAUCAAGCGUACUGCUGAAUCCGCGAAGCCAAUGCUUGGUGAACCGAAAGAAAUUAAGAACUUAGCAAAAAGCAAGCCUACUGUUGAACCCGAGAAGCCAAUGCUUGGUGAACCGAAGGAAAUCAAAGACUCAGCAGAAAGUAAGCAUACUGCUGAAUCCGAGAAGCCAACGCCUGUUGAACCGGAGGAAGUCAAGGAUUCCGCAGAAAUCAAGCUUUCUGCUGAACCGGAAAAGCCAACGCCUGGUGAACAGCCAAAGGAAACUAUGGAUUCUGCAGAAAACAAACAUACAGCUGAACUCGCAAAGCCAAUGCCUAAUGGUCAGUCGAAGCAAACCAAGGCUGCAGAAAGAAAUCGUACUGCUGAUCCCGAGAAGCCAAUGCUUAGUGAACCCAAGGAAAUCAAGGACUCAGCAGAAAGCAAGCAUAUUGCUGAACCUGAAAAGACAACGACAGAAAGCAAGCAUAUUGCUGAACCUGAAAAGACAACGAGUAGUGACCAGCCAAAGGAAGCAAAUGAAAUUGUUGCAGGAGAUGUCGUUCCACGAGAAAUAAAACACGGCGUUAAAUCCAAGAAACCUCCUUCCAUUGAACAGCCGAAGGAUGUCAAGGAUUCAUCAGAGAGCAAGCAUACUGCUGAAUCCAAGAAACCAACGCCUGGUGAAACGAAGGAUGUGAAGAAUUUUGCAGAAAACACGCGUACUGUUGAACCCAAGAAGCCAGCCCCUGAUGAACCGAAGGCCGUCGAGGAUUCUGCAGAAAUUAAGCAUACCGCUGAACCUGGGAGACCAACGCGUGGUGAGCAGCCAGAGGCGAAUGAAAAUGUCGCGAGAGAUGUCGGUCCAGAAGCAAGAAAGCCCGGCGUUACCUCCGAGAAACCUCUGGAAACUAAACAGCCGAAGGAAAUCAAGGAUUCUGUGGAAAGCAAGCCAAGUACUGAACCCAAGGAGCCUGCUUCUUGCGACGAGCCGAAAGAAGACAAGGAGGCUGUUGCAAAAGACGCCGGCCCUGCAGAAAGCAAGCCCUGUGUUAAAGUUGAGAAGCUUACGUGCAUUGAUCAGGCGAAGAAAGUCAAUGAGAUUGCUAAUGAUGUCAGUCCUGCAGCAAUGAAGAAAAAUGUUGGUCCUGAGAAGCCUGCUGGUAGCGAUCUGCUGAAGGGAGUCAAGGAGGUUGUUGGAAAAGACGCCGAUCUUGAAGAAAGCAGGCCUAUUGUGAAAGCUGAGAAGCCCCCUCAAAAUGAUCAGCUGAAAGAGAGCAGCACGGGCCAUAUGAUGGACGAUGUCAAGAUGUCUGAUGUAAAAUUCAGACAGCAUAUGCAUGCUGAGCAACAGAAUGGGGAAAGCAAAAAGUUAGUUACAAAGGAUGCAAAUUUUGGAGAAGACUUGUCAUCUAUCAAACGGGAGAAUUUCAACUUCUACGCUGAGAACAGAGAGGACAAAAGCGGUGUUGCCGCUAGUUGCGACCAACCAUUUAAACAUUCCACACCCAAUUUAAAUUUGGAAAAUAAUUUCGAAAAUUUGGAGUCAUUCAUUAAAGAAUAUACUAACAUAGGAUCAAUGUCUCAUGUGGACCAAGAACGUAUCAUGGAAACGCUGUUGGAGAAUAAU